AAAAAAAAACUCUUUAACGUGUAAAUGCAAUGGCAACAUAUUUCAAAGUCUUCGUCAACCAUUCCGAUUACGUGGCAGCACAUCAAUUACUCUCUUCUUUUAUUUAUUUUGUCUGUCGUCUUCCUUUCCGUUGCUUUUUCGAGGCUUCAUCUUUUAACGUUGGUAGCAGAUUCUCUUUCGGUUCCUCUUCAACAUCGAAGCUCAUGGCAAACAAGCACACCAUUGUUUUGAUGCAGACUUCGCAGAGCAGAGCAACGAGAACAUUUAUGGAUUAUGAUUCCAUAAGUCAAGCUAUGGAUGGUAUAUGUGGACUAUAUGAAAGGAAACUUAAGGAGCUAAAUCCAGCAACACGAAACAUCACUUAUGACAUUGCUGAUCUUUACAAUUUUAUUGAUGGCCUUGCGGAUAUGAGCGCCCUUGUCUAUGAUCACACUAUUCAAGCUUUUUUGCCUUAUGACAGGCAAUGGAUUAAACAGAAAGUAUUUCAACACCUUAAGAAGUUGGCACAUUAAAUCCUCUUCGUAGAAAUUGAAUUUAUAGAAAGAGAAUGUGUAUCAAGUGCAGAAUACCUCAUCUGAUAAUUGUGCUCUUGUUUCCCUCAUUUUGCACGUAUUUUUCAGAACCAUUGCAGCUUUCUCCAGAGUUUCAGAUGAUAGCAAAGGUGUUUUGUGGUCAAUGUUGUACUUCAAGCAAAAAUUAUGUUUUUGUUUAGGUAGCUUGACCUUGUAUAAUCAUUUAAUGUUUGGUUGAUAUGGAAUGGUCCUCAAGUGAAAACUCAA